AUGACGAUGACGCAUCGACGCAAUCCAUCCUCCAUCCUAGGCUUCGUCCUCGCGGCCUUGCUCCUCUCGCCCGCCUUGGCCGCCGACCCGUCGUUGGCAGACGUGAUGAAGGUGAAUUCAAUUCCUGAACAGUGUCUGCGAAUCUACGAAACGCCCGUCCCAGGAUGCACUGAGACGGAUUUCGAGACCCAGAGCUGCUCAUCCGCGUGCAUGCGCGGACUUCAAUCCAUGCAGAACAGCCUACAACAAAACUGCCGCAACGUGCGCGCUAGAGCCGACACGCUUCUCGGACAGACUUUGAUGGGCAACCUGGUGAGCAUAAUAUGCCGCAACAGCGUCCGUCCACAGCCUACCACGACCUUGGUACCGCGACCUACGACAACGAUUGGAAGGAAUUUACCACCCAGUACCACUUCUGAGAGCCGCCAGGGCCCGGGUGGCAUCCAGACACCUCAACCGACGCCGACCCCAGACAACGGCGGCGGCGGCAAUAAUGAUGGCAACGACGACGGGGGCGACGACGAACCGACCGGGUUCGAGCAGUUUGACCGUCCUCAGGGUGCGGGUGGUAGUCCCUUUGAUAUCAUUGCGUCGUCCUCAGCCCGAUCCGAGCCUCUCCUAGGACAAGUAGUACUCGCGACCCUCUUGGGAAUCGUAGCCCUGCUUGGCUAG